AUGUCUUCUUCAUCAACAGGCAACCAAGACGACAAUAUUAAUGAAGCCAAUGGUUUCUCACAAACACUACACCCACUUACAUCAUCGGUAACGGAAGUACAAAUACCAACAUUAGAACAACAACGUUACCAAACGGCAUUUCAUGAGGAAAACAUGAUUGAUCAAAUCGAUGCAAUUAUUCGUCGUUUGUUGACAAGUCCAAAUCAUCAGUCUUCCUAUCAAUUCGUCUUUCGAUGGACUGUUGCUGAAGAGCUCAGUCUCAAUUAUAGUUACCUCCUAAUUCCAAAUUUACCUGAUGAGUCCCUUAAGCAAGGACGAAACCGGUCGUAAGUAGCUUGGAAUUACUUUUAUAAACACAUCCACACCCACACCCCACACCCACACCCUCAAAAUGAAAAAUUCAUUUUGAGUAUGAACACAAAUCAAUAGGGAUUUGUUAUUACAAUUUUUGUAGAGCUUUUCACGGCGCAUCUUUUAAGAAAAAAUUCAAGAUUUAAUCAUCCAUCUAAGCCGAGAUAUAGACAUUUUGACAGACCCAGAAUACAGGAAAAUUUCGAAAAUAGUACAUGACAGUGUUGUUCUAGGCUCUCAUCCAUAGUACAAGCUGUAGACCUGAAACUUUGCAGCUAUGUAGUACCACAUAUGUACAACAAUCUACCAAAGUUUCAGCGAAUUUGCUUUUGUAGAAUGCGAGAACGGUGAAUUCUUAAAAUCGUUUCAGAACUUCUGG